GCCGGCCGCUCGUCUCUUCUCUGCAGCAGGACCUUACCUGUUCUCGGUCCGCAUUCUCUUAGUCAUCCCCUGUACUGUCUGCAGUCUCUGGUCAUUUCCUGCAGCGUGUCCGCAGUCUCUGGUCAUCCCCUGCACUGUCCGCAGUCUCUUGGUCAUCCCCUGUACUGUCCGCAGUCUCUGGUCAUCCCCUGUACUGUCCACAGUCUCUUGGUCAUCCCCUGUACUGUCCGCAGUCUCUUGGUCAUCUCCUGUACUGUCCGCAGUCUCUGGUCAUCUCCUGUACUGUCCGAAGUCUCUGGUCAUCCCCUGCACUGUCCACAGUCUCUGGUCAUCCCCUGCACUGUCCGCAGUCUCUGGUCAUCCCCUGCACUGUCCGCAGUCUCUGGUCAUCUCCUGUACUGUCCGCAGUCUCUGGUCAUCUCCUGUACUGUCCGAAGUCUCUGGUCAUCCCCUGCACUGUCCGAAGUCUCUGGUCAUCUCUUGUACUGUCCGCAGUCUCUGGUCAUCCCCUGCACUGUCCGCAGUCUCUGGUCAUCCCCUGCACUGUCCGCAGUCUUUGGUCAUUUCCUGCAUUGUCCGCAGUCUCUUUGUCAUCCCCUGUACUGUCUGCAGUCUCUGGUCAUCCCC